AAUGGGUUGUCAAAAAUGUCAACUGUAAACAACAAUCAAGCCGUAGCGUAGAGAUUUCUCUUCGUGCAAAAAAAAAGAAUAUUCCUAUUUAACUAAACAAACUAUUGUAACAAUAGACGCAUACACAGCCAACGCGGUGCUCCCGGUCAACGAUCCUUCUUCUCGGCUAAGCAGUAGCAGCAAAACUCAAUCACGAUGAGCGAAAGCGAUGUGUCAAAGAUGAAGGUUGCCGAUCUGAAAAAAGAGCUAAAGGCGCGUGGUUUAAGCGUGAUGGGCAACAAGAACGAGCUAGUGGAUCGAUUACAAACAGCACUGCUGGUCGGUGGCGAUGUGCUGGAAGAUACGGCCAACUCGGAGGACCUGCUGGACGACGACCUGAACGACGAUCUGCUGGACGAGGACAAAGACCUCACCGAUCCGGUGGUGGAGGAAGACCACAUACUGAACUCGCCGACGCCGAGCGAAACGCGUAAAUCGAUUUCGCCGGAUGAGCCGCGAAAACCGGAAGACGAACCGACCGGAACGGCGGAAGAAAAGUCAAGCGCUCCAGCCGCGCGUAAGAUAUCCCUGAAGCGAAACAUUUCCAUUACCAAGCCCACACUUGCGCCGGAAACGACCGUCGGCAGCGAGGCUCCGAAAGCACAGCGACAGCCGUUCUCUUCGGCCCAAUCGGCCGGUGCCAGCAACAGUGGCAGCGAUGGCGAGCCGGAAAAGAAAGUCGUCAAGCUCGGUCAGCUGACCGCACUUGAGCGGUUGGAGAUGAGGGCCAAAAAGUUCGGUUCGGCACAACCGGGCACACCGACCACUACCAGCACUAGCAGUGGCAGCAGCUCUACCGCAACCGAUACUCCUGCCGCUAGCUCCGGCACCGCGGCAACGGAUAAAAUGCAGGCGCGUGCCGCAAGAUUUGGUUUGACCAGCGCUAGCAGCAUCACAUCCGCCGGCAACAGUACGCCGGCUUCGCUGGAAGCGCUGAAAAAGCGUGCCGAGCGUUUCGGUGGCUCCGUCUCAUCCGAAAUGAGCAAACUCGAGCAGGAGGAAAAGCUGGCCAAGCGGCAAGCUCGCUUCGGCUUGACGGCUAGCAGCAGUCCGGCCCCAUCGGCAACGGCCAACGGUGCCGGGAAGGUUGCCACCGGCUCGGUAGAUUACGCGGAAAAAGCGCGACUCAGGUUGGAGCGGUUCAAAUCAGCCGCUUAAUUGCGGACGGACAAAUGUAGGUUUCCUUUUACCCGUUUUUGGUACGUUCAUGCUGCUCUUCAUGGCUGUAUCCUUGCUACUCCGGUCUCCUGAGAGCGACGAAGAGCGCCAUCUCGUGUGUACGAAGAGAGGGGGCACGUAAGUGAGCUGAGUGUAGAAUAAGACAACUCAAUGAUGUAGCGAUCAUUGGCGGCAAUUGGA